AUGCCUCCAUCCAAGCGCCAAGCAGCCAGUGGAGAUGCAUUUCGCGGCAGUCAGAAGCGAGCCAAGGUCAUCAUUGUGAGCGACCGAGUCACACGCUCGGCGUCCCGAAACAGUACCAUGGCGGCCGUCUUUCUCACUACCGAGCUCYUCGAGAAUAUCUUGAAGUACCUGCCGAUGAGGGACCUACUACUGGCCCAACGAGUUUCGCGCAAAUGGAAGGACGUCAUCACCAAGAGCACCACACUUCAACAGAUGCUGUUCCUUGCUCCGACGAAAGCUGAGUUCUGCUGGCUAUACGAUGACAAACUCCACCUUCCCUUUCGCAAAUGGCCAAAAAUAGUUGAUUGUGACUACAUCGUGCCUGACACGCCGCCACAGGGCAUCCGUUCCCAAAGCCUCCUGCAAAACGGCCAGAUCAAUCCGUUGGUCUUCGAGAUCUCCAGUUUGACCGCGGUUGAUGACGGGACAGAAUACGGAGGAGGAACGUUACUCGAGCUACGAAAGUGUUUUGGCACCCCUGCCUUGAAGCAUCCCGAAGCUUCGUGGCGCAAAAUGUAUAUCUCACAGCCGCCGAUCAAAGAGGGCAAAUUUUGGGGCUUUAGAGAACCAUCGUUCCAACAAGGCGUUGCGGACGAGUUUGAAUGGACAAUGACCGGCGAAACGCACCUCAAAUGCGGGGAGUUUGUUGAGACAGGGGGCAGAGUCGAAGAGUGCGAUGUGAUUGAAAUCUUGCCAAACUUGGUGGCGUAUCCGAGCGAGCGCGAAUUACCGAUGAUGCUGGCGGAGCAGGACUUUAUGGUCAGCUAA